AUGGGAAACAACAGCAGCUCCACAGUGGAUGACCUCCAGGCUGUUGAGAUCCACCACUGGUACAAGAAGUUCAUGACGGAGUGUCCUUCUGGCCAGCUGACAGAGCAUGAAUUCAAGCAGUUCUUUGGGCUUCGAGGGCUCGAUCCAGAGGCCAAUAGGUACAUUGAGCAGAUGUUCCGCACGUUUGAUAUGAACAAGGAUGGGUAUAUUGACUUCAUGGAAUAUGUGGCUGCCCUCAGCCUUGUUCUCCGGGGGAAGAUGGAGCAGAAGUUGCGCUGGUAUUUCAAGCUCUAUGAUGUAGAUGGCAACGGCUGCAUCGAUCGACACGAACUGCUCAACAUUAUUAAGGCUAUUCGAGCUAUUAAUGGUGGUGACCAUGAAACCAGUGCAGAAGAGUUCACCAACCGAGUCUUUGACAGGAUUGAUGUGAAUGGAGAUGGUGAACUUUCUCUGGAUGAAUUUGUGGAGGGAGCAAGGAAAGACGAGGAGUUCAUGCAGGUUAUGAUGAAAAGUUUGGACCUGUCUCACAUUGUGGCCAUGAUCAACAACCGUCGGCACAGUAUAUAAAUCAAGCUGGGAGCAAAUGCUGUGCCUAGAGACAGAAGGGUAUAGAAACACAAGGAAGGAGAGACACCAUUUUUUAAAACAAAAUUUCCAUAAACAUGAAUAUGGAAGUAGGAACAGAAAGACACCGUUAAAUUUUUAUCUGAGUGCAUGUUCCUGUACAAAUACUGAAGUUCAGCCACAUAAAUGCAGGACAGGUUCAGAAAACUGGAUCUGCGUGUCAGUAUUUGACUUGACUUCCUAAAAUUUAAAGACCAAAUUUCAGGGCACAAGUUUCCUCCUUAUUCUGUGUCCCAGAUUGUCACUUUGCAAUGGACUGAAAGUGAUGCCAAGUUUGUGAAGAACACUGGCAGAACUGGAUGAUGGAGUGUGGAGAAUUUCUGACAUGUACGAAAGAAGAGCUUCAAACUGUUAUCAACAUAGAGAACUGUCAAAAGAAUGUAACUUGUGCUGCUCUUGUCAUGACAUUGGUUCAUAAACAGCAGCAUGGUUGUCCAUACCAGAUGUGCUUCUAUUUGGUAGUCUCUACAGGAGUAGUUUUAGUCAUAAGAUCACAGGAACUGGAAGAAAAACCAGUCUGACAGUGACAAGUCUGUCCCCAGCUGCACUGUCAGUAAUGCAGAUGUUUGAGCUUUCUGUGAUCAAAGAACUCUACCAAACAAGUCAACAGUCUGGAGCAGCUUCUGUAACCAGAGAAAAUAUGCUGCUCAGUUUCUCAAAGCAUUACUUGAGAGAUCAAAUCUUUUAUACACUUGUUGCCCUGCUUAUUCUCUUCUCAUACAACUGAAUCCCUGGAAGUGUUCAAGGCCAGGCUGAACAGGGCUUGGAGCAACCUGAACUAGUGAGUGGCAUCCCUGCCAAUGGCAUAGGGUUGGAACUAGAUGAUCUUUGAGGUCCCUUCCAACCCAAACCAUCCUGUGACUCUAUGAUAAAUGAAGUAUGUGAAGAUGAUCUUGUUGCUUCACAUGUUCUUCAUUGGUCUUUCACUUUGUUCUUGAGGAGACAACUUAA